GGCUGCGGAACUGGGCAUCCGGGCAAGACCUGCAGGCGAAGCUGCAGCUGCGCUACCAGGAGAUCUCCAAGCGACCCCUGAAGCGCUGGGCUGAGAUCCUGCCUCCAAUCCCCUGCCAGGCCAUGGAGGCAGAGGUUUGCCUUUAACCUUGGGGAAUCUGUGGAGACAGCUUUCAUGGAAUAUCCAUGCUGGGCGUGCGUUACGAGUGGGGAUCAUGAUACUCAGCCUCCUCCCAAGCUCCCCGUGGGCCCCAGCCACAAGCUGUCCAACAACUACUACUGCACUCGAGACGGCCGCCGGCAAUCUGUGCCCCCUUCCGUCAUCAUGUCAUCACAGAAGGUGCUGGGGUCAGGCACACCAGCAGAGAGCUCAGCUGUGGCAGCCUCUGAGAAGAAGGCAGUAACUCCAGCUCCUCCCAUAAAAAAGUGGGAGCUAUCCAAGGACCAGCCUUACCUGUGACACUGUGCCCUAGGGCCACCUGUCUGCUUUUCCUCCUUGGACUGGGUCCAGGGAGAAUAUGACUUAAUUUAUUACAAAUACAUCGAACUCCAGGAUCA